UUCAGUUCUUGAAAACGGAGAACGCCAUGAGGAGGACUCUGUCCGUGCUCGCCGUCCUCCUCCUCCUCCUCGCCUUCCACCCGCGCAACGCCGCCGACGCCCACGCCCACCGGUUCCGGUUAGGCAAGGAGAAGGUCACCAACCUGCACUUCUACCUGCACGACACCCUCAGCGGCCGGGACCCGACGGCCGUCCCCGUGGCCCGCGGCGCCGGCGCCACGCCGAGGCCCGGCGACCCCACGCCCUUCAGCUCCGUCUACGUCGUCGACGACGUGCUCACCGAGGGCCCCGAGCGGACGUCCAGGGUCGUCGGCAGCGCGCAGGGCCUCUACGCUUCCACGGGCAGGCACGCGCUGGGCCUCGUCCUCGGCAUCGACUUCGCCCUCAACGACUACAACGGCAGCUCCUUCGUCGUCUUCUCGCGCAACCCCGUCGCGGACGGCGACGGCAGGGAGCUCGCCGUCGUCGGCGGCCGCGGCGCCUUCCGGAUGGCACGCGGCUUCGCGCUGCUCCGCACGCACUACCUCAACACCGGCAACGGCGACGCCAUCAUCGAGUACAACGUCACGCUCCUGCACCAGUGAUGAUGCUCCGGUGGUUAUGACCAUAUAAAAACGUGCGUGAUGGAGGCCUGAUGCUCCUGGUUUUUCUUGCUCCGUGCUUGUCUGCUGGUUUGCACAGCCGUACUCUCGUUACAGUACACUGUAA